AUGACGCUGGGCCGAAGGGAGAGGGAGACCGUGCCACGCAAAGCAGCUCCGACUGUGUAUCUGAGCCCCCCUGCUCGACCGGACCCUCAACCAGGUAGCGAGCUUCAGGACAAGAUCCGAGACUUUGGAUAUUCCACCCAUGGAAAUCAAAACUCCCUGAGCCUACUACGGACCGCAGAGCUGUAUGGAGGUCGAGAAGCCAGCUUGGUUGGACCCACUGUCACGAGUCAGCCCUCUUUCCAACCCGAUGCCGACCGCAAGUACAAAGAAUUAGUCCGCCAGCUGCCUUCGAAGGCCUGCAUCGACAUUUUGGCCCAAACUUUCUUCUCCAGCAUUAAUUGGCAGUAUGACCUGCUUGACGAGGUACUUUUUCAAGAACGACUAGAGGCCUGGGGAAAUAUUUCUUACUCUGACCUUCAAGUGAGCUUCGGGAGGUUGGCGCAAGAAACCCUUGUGUUUCCAGCACUACUGUUUCAAAUUCUCGCACACGCCCUCCUCUUUCACUCUCCUUAUGAUGAGACGAUAAAUUCUCUUAUCACCAUGUCUGGUAUGACCUUUCAUGAUCUUGGGGCCGAAUACAGCGAUACAGGCGCCCAGCUACUUGCACUUCUGGGGAAAAGCAACAUCAAGAUCGCCACGGUACAAGCAGGCUUACUACGAGCCUCCUUUCUGAAAAGUAGCGGCAAAGUUGUUGAAGCCUGGCAUACGCUUGGGACUACAAUCCGCGAUGCACAGGAAAUUGGCCUACAUACCGGGCGAAUUAUAUCCGAGCAACCUCCAGUUCUAACAGGAGACGAGAGAUACAAUGCCAGUCUUGUUGGUCACAAGAUCUGGGUCAUCUUGCACAUCUGGGACAUUCACAUGGCUGUCGUUCUCGGCCGGCCGACUGCGACCGACCUUCAAAUACAUCGUUUUUCUCACACCAUAGAAGACGAAACAAGGCGACAAAAUUUAUUCUCGCAUUGGCAAAGCAAGACUGAUGUUCCUCGACCAUUCGAUAUUAUCAUCGCCGGCUAUACGGUGGCCUAUCAAUAUUUCAAGGACAUUCACAAAAUGGAAAUUGACGGCUCUGAUUCCCAAGACUAUCCCACGGUCGAACGUAUUCACGCCGCAAUCAAUACCAACAUUCACUCUCUGCCCUCUUGGUGCCGUCUUCAAAACCCAGAUACGAGAUUUGAUCAACUAAACGGGUGCCAAUGGCUACCCGCCGCCAGAGAAGGAUUGUCCUCGCUCAUUCACCUUGUUGUUCUCACGCUUCAUCGACCAUUCAUAUUCUCUAGUGCCAACAGUCGCAUAGAAGCCGUCAAAUCUGGAAUAUCCAUUCUUCAGGCACAGGAACGCCUAUUUCAACGGUCGGAGCCGCACCAGCGCAAGGUGUUCAAUCCGGUCUAUGCCUCUUUCGAUGCAAUUGUUCUCAUUUUAGCAGUCUGUCUGGUGUUUCCGAAUGAGGACCUCGAAACACGAGAAGAAUCUAUAAUUGUUGUUGAAGAAGGGAUACAAAGGCUGGAGAUCAUUGGUCAAUCCAAUCCCAUGGCAAAAUCAGCACAUGGUGUCGUGUACAGCUUGUACCAUCGCUUAAAACUUCGGCCCACCUCCUCGGAAACCGAGGACACUAGAGCAUUUUUCAACAAUGUAAACUGGACUCCUCUCAACAGCAAUGGCUAUAACUCGAAUGGCGCACCACCGGAUUUCUCUCUUGACGUUGUCUCACCUCCGCGCCCAACCCAUGAUCUGUUCUUCGAUCACAUUUCGACUCAAAUCCCCCUCAUGAACGCACCGGACCAUUUGCCCGUGGACCUGCCCACUGUCAACUUUACAGAGAAUUGGAAAUUUGAAGGCACCUUCUCAGAUGCUAGCUUCUGGGAUAUGAUGAACGAGUUUGAGCACUGA